UACUUUUCCCUCAAGAAACACAAACUCUCUCUCUCUCUCUGUUCAUCACCAUGUUUCAAUUUACCCUGGACCCAUGUGCUCUUCUUCUAAGGCAGGCAGUGACACCGUUCAUUCAGGCGCAAGCCUACAAUGGCGAGAUCUACGUCUCACCGACCGUCGUCACAUUGAUAGCAGAAGCCUCAGGUAGCGUCGUCUUGGUCCUGCGGAUGAAACCUGGGACGUUCAACUCCUUUACCUGCACCAAGAACCUCUCCCUUGGCUUAGACCUCCGUAUCUUGUACCACAAUCUCCUUCGAGCCAAGACUCAUGCAUUUCUCCGUCUCUCUGGCGAUGAAACCAGUGGUCACAUUGACUUUGGGCUCCUCGAUACCAGAACUCUGCAAGGCUAUCGAACUCACAUUCCAUUGCUUUCAAGGUCAAAUGAGAUGUUGCCUGUACCUCAUCUCCAAUAUCAAUUUCAAGUAAGAGUGGCGAUACCUGCGGAGCAGUUUAGGGUUAUUAUCAUGAAGCUAUCCCAGUUCGAGGUGGCAGUUUCUGCAAGCGUAACAGAUACUCAAGUUAGGUUCUUAAAUGGAAAUGGGGUGGCUAUACCAUAUCCUAUUCUCAAGAAGCCAGAGCAGUGUAUUAUUGAGGGUGAUGUGGGGGCAGAUCCAGUUUCCUUGGUGCUCAAUCUCCGUCACGCUAGAGCAAUCAUGAAUGCUUCAGUCAUGUCAAACAUGGUGUGGUUGCUUGGCCAGUCUAAUGGUUCAUCUGUCAUGCUGGAUUGCCCUUUUGGUAAACUUGGUAACCUCAAUUAUUACUUUCCGAAGCCUGAAGCCUGAAGCCUGAAGCUUGAAGGUGAUGAGAAUGGUCAAGAUAAUGCGGUUUGAUCACAAGUGUGAAAUACUUUGAGUUGUCUGUU